AACAGUAAUGUUUUAGUAUAUUAUAACGGCAGCGUUUUUGUCUAAUGAUAUGUAAUGGGAACGUUAAUUCCCCUAGAUGUGGUUGAGUUUGAUCAUUUCUACUCUGCUACAGUUACGUUUGACAGCGUGUUGUUAGCUGCUGGCCUGUACUAUGUUAACAAAAUUAACUAAUGUGAGAUAUAUAGCUAAUAUACAAGUAAUGUCAAUAGCAACACCACUUUACUGCAACAUGGGUAUAAUCAAACAGCAGUCCAACAUUUAAAAAAGGAAAACGUGCAGCAUCUGGAACACAUUUAUUAAACAUUCACACUACUAUAGGAUGACAGAUCGAGCAAACAACUUUCCCCCUUUGCCGAAGUUUCUUCGCAUAAAGCCAUGUUUUUACCAGAACGUGGACGAGGAAAUUCCACAACCACACUGCCAGCUUGUGCGCCGCGUUUACAAUCUUUGGAUAUUGUACUCUAUCACACUAUGUGUUAAUGUGGUGGCCUGCAUAGCCUGGUGGGCCGGAGGGGGCAGCGCAGUUAACUUUGGCUUUGCGCUCCUCUGGCUUUUAGUUUUCAGCCCAUGUAGCUACACAUUCUGGUUCAGGCCGCUCUAUAAAGCUUUCCGGGCUGAUAGCUCAUUCAACUUCAUGGCGUUCUUCUUCAUUUUCUUCCUGCAAUGUGUACUUUCUUUCAUCCAGAGUCUUGGAAUAUCAGGUUGGGGUGCAUGUGGUUGGAUAGCCACAGUGAUGUUUUUCAGCACAAAUGUGGUCUCUGCUAUAUUCAUGCUCAUCGCUACUCUGCUCUUCACUGUCGUCACUGUUCUCAUGGUGUUUGUCCUCAUCAAGGUUCAUCGACUGUAUCGUGGUGGAGGUGGCAGUUUACAGCAGGCCCAGGAAGAAUGGAGUACCGGCGUGUGGAAAAACGCACCUGUGAAAGAAGCCGGAUUUAACGCAAUCUCUUAAAGCGGCCCAAGCCUCCCUCAGUAUCCGGCUGCUGUGCCCAAUUACCCAGAAAGCAGACACUGGUGAUACCGCUUUUGAACUAUAGAUGGACCCAGAUUGCCACUUGUUGCCUUAACCUUAAAGGAGCAGUUUGUGGAAGAAUGUUUUGAAUCACUUUUUUAUGUGCCAAAGACAAAAAACACUAUGGCCAGAUCACUGACUCCUGUGAAUAGCUGUUUUCUCGCUUUUGUAUAAUACUUUUUUUUUUUUUGUUAUAUAACAAUAUAGCAAUAUAUAUAUAUAGCAGUAUUCUAAUCUAAUAUUGAUAACCUCAGCACUCCUCAAAUAAUCUAAGUAUAAACAUCAGAAAUAAAUUUUUAGUUACUUGCUAUACUUUCAAGAUAUUUAGAAUAGAUCUUUUGAACAUUUUGAAACCAGUUACCCUGAUUUAAAAAGAAGUUAAUUGAGUAUUUGAGUGAAAAUUUCUCAGAUUUUGGCAGAAACACCCACACAUCCAAACAAACUUACUGCUUAGCAAACUGUUCCUACAAAGCCAUCUCAACACAUUUAUUGAAAAAGUAGUACAAAUAUAGCAAAAAAGUAUUUUGGGACAUUGUAAUAUUACAUUAAAGGAGUAAUUCACCCAAAAAUGAAAAUUCUCUUAUCUACUCACCCUCAUGCCAUCCCAGAUGUGGAUGACUUUCUUUCUUUGUGCUGAACACAAAUAAAGAUUUUUAGAAGAAUAUCUCAGCUCUGAAGGUCCUAACAAUGCAAGUGAAUGGUGACCAAAACUUUGGAGUUCCAUAAAGCCUUUAAAUGCAGCAUAAAACCCCAGUGGUUUAAUCCAUGUCUUCUGAAGCGAUCUAAUCGAUGCAGUUUGCAUGCACAGAACACUAGAUGGUGCUAGGAAGUGUAAUCGAGCCUGCUGAUGUUAAGAUUUAUAGUAAAAAAGGAGUUACAUUUUUCUCACCCAAAACGGAUUGGAUCACUUCAGAAGACAUGGAUUAAACCACAGGAGUCUUAUGAAUUGCUUUUAUGCUGCUUUUAUGUGCUUUUUGGUCACCAUUCACUUGCAUUGUGUGGACCUACAGAGCUGAAAUAUUCUUCUAAACAUCUUCGUUUGUGUUCUGCAGAAGAAAGAAAGUCAUACACAUCUGGGAUGGCAUGAGGGUGAGUAAAUGAUGAGAGAAUUUUCAUUUGAACUAUCCAUUUAACAAGGAAAGGUAGCCUCAUGAAUUCAACUCAAUUCUUUGAAAUCUCAUUAAGGUCUUGAUUUUUUAGAAACAUUCCAUUUAUUUGUUUAAAGCAGGACAUUGUUUCAUAUCAUAUUGUUUAGAACAUAUAUAAAUCAAUAUACAGCACACAAUCACAUUACCAUUUAAGGGAAAGUGAUUUUUGUUUGAGCUUUUACUAACUCAUGGCAGCUUUUCUAUUUACCUCAAGAAAUUGUGUCCCGUGUCAUUUCAAUAACAGUGCCUCUGCUUUGAUUUUUACUUUUGUUCAAUAUUUGCUCUAUUUUUUAAAGAAUCAUUAACAUAAAUUGAAUGUCUUUGUAAAUAUGAUUUGCAUAUGACAUACCCCUUUUAUACACUGCAGCAAUGCAUUGCAGAAAUCAAACUUACAAAGACAUGUAGCAAAUACAUUGUGUGCCUCCUCUCUUUUCUGUUAAGUGCUUUUCACAUCUUCGAAAUGAAGACAGCCUUAAAUUUUCAUGCACAAUAAGCAUGUGAAAAACCAAUAGCUUUCCAGUUUGCCUCGAGUGUUAAUGCUGUUGCUUCUAGGUGCUUUUCUUUGCAUUGAAGUUUCAUCUCACUCAUUUCAAUGUGCUUUGUACUGGAGCAAUGUGUUUACAAAUGUGGCUGAGUCUUCAGACACUCAUUUUGAUCUUUGCUCCUCUUUGUUCGAGAUCCUCUACAGAGCCAUCGGAGGUGGACAUUCUACGACCGGACCUCUGUGUUGCCAAUGUAUUUAAUAAUCUUGUACAUGCAUCUGAAUUGUGACCGGAAUGGCUUUUUAACUAACUGCAGUUAAAUAAUAAACAGUCCUUUUCA